AUGACUCCCGUCCGCCUGCUGCGCUCGUGCGUUGAGACCCUCGUAGGCUUCCUGCUCUGGCCAGCGUUCUUCUCGAUUAUCUCUCCGUUCCUCGUUGCCGUUCUCUCGCCAUGGAUCGCGCUCGGCCUCUGCAGCUCAGACACCGCUGUCGGCGUGCCUCCCAGCCUCCUCGCCUGGCGUCGCCUACCAUACCUGAUCCUUCCGAUGGUGCUCGUCGACCUGCCGAUUGCCGUCUUCUGCAUAGCGACAUUUCUGAUCGAGUUACUGCUCUUCCGGAAUCCGUUCAUCCUCGCCAUCUGCAGCCUCUGCCGGCGCGCCUCACUCCCCAAUCGCGAGCCAGCGCCUCCCGAUUCCGAAGCCGGUCUUGACGUCCGCGAACGGUCGCGCUCAAACACCAACGACGGCGCCCGCUACCGACGGCACACCUCCAUCUGGGCAGCCCUCGAGGGCGACGGCGACAAGGUCCGGCCGGGAGAUGUGCGGCUGAUCAGUCUGAACUGGCUCAUGGCGCUGGCAGAGAGGGGUGGCGUGCUCCCGCGGCGGCAGGAGCUACCAGAGGAGGCCUUCUUAAGCUCUGCUCAGCUGAGGCGGAUCGAGCAAGGCGCCAGGCGCGGCUUCAACCUCUCCGGCGUUGAGGAGGCCAACGAGCGCUUGGGCGAGGAGCCCUCCAUCUCGUCCUUGUUCGCCUUUGUUGCGAGCUAUUGCGGCCGCAAGCGCAACCCCGACGGGCUGCUCCCGAUCAUAUCCGUCUCCUACUGCUGGCUCGAGGCGGCACAUCCCGAUCGUGAGGGCCGCCAGCUCCAGCUGCUCUCCCGCAAGCUGCGGGGCCUCUACGGCGGGCGCGGCCUGCUCGGCGCGUGCCGCGAGUACGGCUUCGCCGACAUGGGCGUGUUUCUGGACUGGUGCUCGGGCUACCAGAAGGACCCGUUGCUGUUUGCCGAGAGGCCGCGUGAGUAUGAGGCGAGCCGGUCGGGCGAGGAGAAGGCCGCCUUCGGCCGCAUGCUGGAAAACACGAUGGACCUCUGGUACGCGCACCGCUCGGUCACCGUCGUGCUGCUCACGCAGCUGCCGGACGAGCUGCCCGCCGGCUUUGACCGGAGCCGGACCUACGACACUCGCGGCUGGACGACAUUCGAGCGGUGCUCGGCAGAGCUGGGUGCAAAGCCCGCCUCGCUGGGCUUUGCCAAGUGGAAGCUCGUCAUCGACGUCGCCAACGACGACGGCGGCGCUCAGCGGCGGCUCCCCGCGACUCCGGAGCGCAUGGCGACGCUGCUCGCCGCUUGCCGCUUCACCAACGGCGCCGACUCGGCGGCCGUGCUGGCGCUCUACGAAAUGACGGCGAACGCCGUGCUGGGCACGGUCGAGAAGCUCAACUACAUGGGUUUGCCGCUCGUGCGUGGCGACGCGUGGACUAGCCCGGCGCUGCUGGCGGAGGCGCUAAACUAUUGCGAGAGCCUCCGGCACCUCGUCAUACUUGGGACUCGCCUUGACGACGAGGGCGUGGCGGAGCUUGCGGCGGGGCUUGAGGACAGCUCGCUCCCGGCACUCGUGACCCUCUCCGUGGCGCACAACCGCUUCGGCGCGCGCGGCGUCGGCUCGCUCUGUGACGUGUUCCAUCGCGGCGUGGCGCCGACGCUGCAGAUGCUCGACGUCGUGUUGACGCCCAUCGGCGACGAGGGAGCAGUGGCGCUAGCUGCUGCGCUGGCGAUGGGCAAGCCGUACCAUGCGCUGGUCUUGGCUCACUGCGACGUGGGCGACGAGGGUGCGAUGGCACUCGCGGCUGCCCUCCCGGCCACGGGUCAGGGAUGUCGCGUGAUCGCCCCGUUCAACAGGAUUGGCCUCGCGGGCCAGGCUGCACUGCUAGAGGCGCUCGAGGCGAAGCACGGGCCACAGCCAGGGCAUGCGAUGGUGGUGAUGCAGGUGAACUUGCUUCCCUGGUCGACCCCGCUCAUGCGGGUGUGGGGGCGAGGCUGGCGCCGUGUGACCGAGAGCGGCCGAUUCAUCAUAUAA